AACAUAAUUCCAGUGUCGCGUUUGCCCUUCCAAGGUACUGCUCUUUAUGGCUGUCGAUUGUCGACCAGCAUAGAUAGGAUAGCUUCUUUACGCUAGUUGGCUUGCUAUCAUUUUCAAGCUAGCCAUUAACAGUAAACAAGACAAUUUAGCUGGUUAGCGCCAGCACAGUGAGCCCGUACAAUAGAUCUAACGUUAGCGAAGUAACUAAAUAAGUGAAGUCUUAUGACGUUAGCCAGCAUCGUGAUUAGAACUGACUAACUGGCUCGCUUGCCAUCUAUAAUAACUUUGCAAAGAGCUCGGGAUUUUAGCUAACGCUAGCUAGCUAACGUCACUAAAGUGGCUUGUUUCACGCUAAGUAAAGGUAACAUUAGAGUGGCAGGUACCGGUUGAUGUAUUGCAUGUUGUGAUGCAAAAGUUUGCUUACUAGCUACAGAUUAACGUCAACAGUAUUCAUAAUUCUGUGACAAAUAUUGACUUUAAGCAGUUUAAAGUGAUUGUGUAAUUAAUUCCUGGUUGCCAGCAAGGUAUGCUAAGCUCAUGGACUCUGGCCAAAUGUUACAACAUACUAUCAAAGUUACCCAUGUAAACAGCGGAAGUAACGUUUUCUAGUUAAGAGACUUGGGACGAACAAAGAUUGCCAGCUAGCUAGUUGCUAGAUUGAUUUUCAAAGUUCUUUAAAUCAUUGCAGUUGGUUUAUUAAACUAGUCGAGUGAUUUUAAGUUAGUGUUGCGAAAAAUGAAGUCUGUUGAACCUGUCUCUUUCUCUCAAGAGGCCUGGUGGUUUUGUGGCUAACGUUUGCGUUAGCUUAGGAUAUAUAAUGUCAUAGGACGUAAGCUUUCCCGUUCCUCCUUCCUAUGCGUAUUAUUCUUUUAACUUUAAAUUAGUAUGGUCUUAGAUCAGGGGUGUAGAUGAUCACUUGCGUAGGUGGUACAAGGCUUGGUUCUCUCUGCUGUAUUUGGUAAGCUUGCCAACAAGUUGUGCUGAAAGCGUGGACAUCCCUUCUUGACUUUCUAGGGGGAAAUCCAAACGAGGUACCGAAACUGUUUUAGUUACCAGUCAAAAGGCCUCUCAUGGUUUAGUGCCACGGGUAACCUACAUCAGACCUUUAUUUAGGGAAAAAUUUCCUUCCUUAAAUUUCUCAUGACUUCAGACGUUUGAAGAGGUUCAUAUUUGGCAGUGGUCACUUCCCCUCCAAUCCAGAUGUUUUACUUAUGUCAGGAUUGCACUGAAGGGUUUCUACUCUCUGAGACAAAUUGGAAGAUUUCAUUUUUCAGGGUCUCUUACUGUAAGACUGCCCUGGAGUGGAACCCCUUCUGACUGCAUCUGAGAGCCAAAGUCGUGUGUUUUCCUGAGAGCUGAGGGCAAGAUGGACAACCAAUAACAAGACAUUAUUUCAGGGGCGUGCAGUCUUCGUUAUGACAAGCUGCUGUGUAGAAGAUGUCCACCCUUACUACGACUGAUGUCACAGAUGUUGGUCACGGGGACGGUAAGGUGUUUGAUGGAGAUGACAAACUGCAGCUUGACUGUCUGGGGGAGGAGAGCCUCUCCACGGAAAUGAAGCACGAGGGCCAGUUGCACGCUGGGGAGCUGGCCGGACCGCUGCUGAUGGACCCCAGUGACAUCAAAGGGGACCCUGCGGGGGACACAACACCGCCUACCACAGAGGGGCCCCCGACGAAGAGGAAGAAGGGCCCGGCGCCAAAGAUGCUGGGGAACGAAGUGUGCAGCGUGUGCGGCGACAAGGCCUCCGGGUUCCACUACAACGUGCUGAGCUGCGAGGGCUGCAAGGGCUUCUUCCGCCGCAGCGUGAUCAAAGGCGCGCAGUACGCCUGCAAGAACAGCGACCGCUGCGAAAUGGACAUGUACAUGCGCCGCAAGUGCCAGCAGUGCCGCCUGCGCAAGUGUCGCGAAGCUGGCAUGCUUGAGCAGUGCGUUCUCUCUGAGGAACAGAUCCGGCUGAAGAAAAUGAAGAAACAGCAUGAGGAUGACCCAGCGCGAACUUCCACAGUGGUCACCCCGAACCCCACACCUGAGGUGCCCCCUCUGGCCCCCGAGCAGCAAGAGAUGAUCGAGAAGCUGGUCGCCAUGCAGAAGCAAUGCAACAAGCGUUCGUUCCUUGAACGCCCCAAAGUCACUCCUUGGCCUCAGAGUCAAGAUCCUCUUAAUCGGGAAGUGCGGCAACAGCGCUUUGCCCACUUCACAGAGCUGGCCAUCAUGUCUGUGCAGGAGAUAGUGGACUUUGCCAAGCAGCUGCCAGGAUUUCUGGAGCUUACCCGAGAGGACCAGAUUGCCUUGCUCAAGACUUCAACAAUUGAGAUCAUGCUGCUAGAGACAUCUCGGAGAUACGACCCUGCCCUUGAGAGCAUCACCUUCCUUAAGGACUUCAGCUACAACAAGGACGACUUUGCCAAAGCAGGUCUACAGUUUGAAUUCAUCAACCCUAUUUUCGAGUUCUCCAAGGGAAUGAAUGAUCUGCACCUGGAUGAAGCAGAAUAUGCUCUACUCAUUGCUAUCAACAUCUUCUCUGCAGACCGGCCCAAUGUGCAGGACCACGAUUUAGUGGAGAGGCUACAGCAGCCAUAUGUAGACUUGCUUCAUUCAUACAUCAGGAUUAAGAGACCAAUGGACCACCUGAUGUUCCCGCGCAUGUUGAUGAAGCUGGUGAGCCUGCGCACGCUCAGCAGUGUCCACUCGGAGCAGGUGUUUGCACUGCGCCUCCAGGACAAGAAGCUGCCACCGCUGCUCUCCGAGAUCUGGGACGUCCACGAAUGACAGGUCUUCACUAACACUGUCUAAUAGUGGGGCCCUUAUAAGGGUUAACGCUGGACCUGGAGAGUUGGCACUCAUGCUAAAGGCGUUCCCCUGACACACUGACUACUCUCUAGUCAGCAUAGGUUGAAGGAGCUGGUUUCGUACCAUCUUUUUUUUUUUCUUCUUCUUCUUUUUCCUUGCCCCUUUUUUUUCAGGACAGAGACAUAUCCCACAUGGCUCUGCAGUAGGCAGAGCUGGAGCUUUCCUUUACAUGGUAGGGAAAUGGGAUCGUAAAUGUCACAAGGAGACCCACACGUGUUUUUAAACUCGUCUCCGGAAUGUGAAUGGCCGAGUCCACUGAGGGAACCCUGGGAUUGUGGUGGUGCCAGAUGUUUUUUGGGGCUUGACAUGACUCCCCGAGGUUAGCGGCUAUUGAUGAAAUGUACACACACAGUUGUUUUUGUUUUCUUAUUACUCCCUGUUUUAAUUCUCAAAAAGCUUCAAGCGGGUCUUGUCAGUUGUUGCCCUCUUCCAAACCACAGCAUGGGUAUGAUGUUUCCACUUGAAAUCCAUAUGGUUCUGGCUCCAUGUUCUAAUGGGGUUCUUAAUGGGCCGGUUGUUGGGUUCCCUACACAUUAGAAUGUAGGUGAGAUUUCAAACAGAGCCAGUCAUGGCCCUGUUUUUAUUACUUAUAAAAGGAACUCUCAGUGCUAUGCUGUUGAAAAAGAGAAAAAAACCCACUUACAUUCUAUAUUAGUUUGAGUACUAGGACAAUUAGCUGUUCUAAGAACUUGUUUUUUGCAUGGUUCUUCAUGCAUAUACAAUACAAUCCAUUAGUCUUCAUCUGUAACAUAAACACAAAACAAUCAAUUUUGCACAACUACUUAUGCAUUGGUUCGGGUUACUGAAUGAGUGUACACACAAGCUGCUCAUUUCCCAGGAGCUACUGUAAGCCGUGAAGUGGUGAACGGAUCUCACUGACUCGCGACAGUUCAAUAGUGCAUAAGUACGGCAGAGAACAUUGAGUAGAGAUGUAUUCGUUUACAUAACCAACCACCUCUUUGUCUCCAUCCAGUAUAACCGUUCAUCUUGAUUAGGAGUUCCUGAGUUAGGCAUUUCUCCAGCGAGGCAAUAACUUUGCAAAUUGAUUUGCUUGAGUAUCAAGGAUUAAUUUUUAUGUCUUCUACAUUGUCAUAACUGUAUGUUUGGGUGUGUGUGUUCCUCUGGUGUCUGUUGAUCUUCACAAUUCAUUUGACAUUCAUAUCCUAAUACUAACAUCAUAACACAAGAAAUUCGGGUGAAAUAUGAUGCUGAUAAAUUGUAGUUUUGCAGUUUAUCCUUGCAUAUCGGAUGCCUUACUAACAACUAAAAUAGCAGAUGUUUUCUUUGUGCAAUGCUAUUGAUCCAGAUAAUAUUUUGCCAUAGUUGGUAGUAAUACAAAUUUAGUCAAAUAAUGAGUAUAUUUAUUACUGUAUAAAGGAGCAAAGUGGUGUGGUGUCACACCUGUGAGCCAUAGUAAAUGUGAGUUUGUACAUAGCUGACAUAGCUCUCAAAAAAUGAGAAUGUUGUACUAAUCGCAGGAGUAUGAUUCAGUUCUCACAGAAAUUGUGAGUCAGCUGAUUCUCAACAUCCUAGCAUCAUCUUAGUGCUCCUUGUUUUAAUUGAACCAUGGGCAUAACUUUGGGAAUUGCACAUUUUUUUUUUUUUUUACAGUGUGUAGGAAUGAAUGGCAUUUAUUCAUGAAUUGCUUAUCUGUCAUUUUUGGAUUUUGUGCUUGCAACAUGUCUCUGCUUCUUGCAUCUUCUCCUUGGUUGGUGUUGUGUGGUAUAAAAAGUAACAAUACUUAACUUCUGGUGUUGCCAGUUCCUUGCUCUAAAUAACUGGAAGAAAAGAUCUGUAUUGGCUGAUAACAUCUCUGAACAGUGUUGUAGGUGACUGAUAAGCUCAUUGGUCAGAUAAUUUAAAAACUCCAGUUCAAGCUACUCUUCCUGAUAUGCAUCUGCCUUUAGCAUGUUUGGUUGAACAUAUUUUCUGAUUCAGUGUGGCACGGUGGGUGUUGUUGGUUUAAGAACCAGUAAAUUCAAAAUGACAAAUACUGACAAACUGAUUUUACCUCUACUCUACAGGAACAUUUCAAUAGAUGAACAAACUGACCCACCUGCAGUUGGUCAGAUUAGAACAGAUGUCAAUAGCAGCAUUGUGAUGAAGGAUUGAGCAAUCAGGAACAUUCAGUGGGAGGUGAUCUUGUCCUUAGUCAGGAACACAACAGUGCAAAACUCUGAUCUGACCUCAUAUAACCCUGAUGAUGUCAAGGGACUUUGGGGUCAUUUCUAUCAUAAACUUCCUUGUAGGUAAACUAGCAACAGUGAGUUCCUAUUGGACAGUAUGGUGACUGUUAAGGUGGUCGGGAGUGUUUUGCAAUUGUACAUGGUUAUCAAAUCAGAUUCGAAGAGACUCCCUUAUGAUUUAGUUUCUGGCCUUUUACACAUGGACACUUAUCCAAAGCAGUACUGUCAAUGCCUCUAGUUAUAUCAGCCUUUUCCUUUUAUCACAUGAGUUUCUGCAGGUACAGAUCUCUCUCUUCAUUAACACCUCACUAAUUAAAAUAUUAUUCAAGCAUCUCUGCUUUCAUCAUUUUAGCAAAGGUUUAAAUGUGUGGCAGUGAACACCUUUUUUUGUGCUUAAAGAUCAGGUAGCACUUAAGAGUUAUUGGGAAACUGAUUAAGCCCCACAAAACCCAGAAAUGUAACAUGUUCUGUAUUGUACUAAUCCACUUAUACUUCAGUCAUUUUGUCAUUCAUGACUUAGUGGUUCAAAUCCAGGUUAACGGGCGGUCCUUAUUUGCACAGCCAAAAAGAUGUAGUGAGGAGUAAUCCAAGAAUUGUCAUUAAAUUAAUGUUUCCAUUAUCUAAUUGUGAUGUCAUUCUAAAUUGAUAUGUUGUGUGGCUUAACAUGGAAAUUAAUUUUCAUUUGCUAAUAGUAAAUAAAAUGUUUAUUGUAUUAAUUGAUCAUUUAUUUAUACACCCUGCUGUUUAGAGCCUCUAUUCUAAUGCAUUUAACUCUCAUGGUCUAGCAUCAAGUAAUGUUGACAUAGAGAUGCAAAAUUGUGUUAACGCCUUAAGUCCUUGGAUAUACUGCUUUAUAUGUAUAAAUUAAAAGCUUGAAAAUAUAUAUUGUUCUGCCAGAUUAUAUGUUUGUUUAAACGCUGAAAGACAUAGGAGACUAAGUACAUCUACUUUUCUUUUUACAGAAAUAUACUGGAUUGAAAUGUGAAA